AUGCCUGACGCAGGCCGAGUCCGGGCAAUCUUCUCGCUUGUCCGCAAUCUUUCUCUGGCCCUCAUUUUCUACGCCGCGAUCUACGCCACUAUCCAACUUGCACAGGAUCCUUCAGCUAGACACAAAGCCCGUCAACAAAUCACACACCUCACAGAUGUCGACAUCAUCAAGCAGAGCGAGACAGAGAAUGUGCAGAUACCACUAGUCAGCACUUCUCGCACCGUAGUCAUCAAUCCUCACGCCAAUGUGUUCAAUCGACCCUCAAGUGCUGUUGUCCCCCGCGACGACUUCUUCGGUCCUCGGCCGCAUGUCGACACAGAAGCCGACAUACAAAUGCUCGUAGAAGAAUGCAGAGGCUCAUACGAGGGUGUUGAGAAGAUGCGCGAUGUUUUCAGCUGCUUGGAGUUUCUCUCGAAUAAGGAAGAGAAAUACUAUCGUUUGCCUGAGCAGGUCAAUCGCGCAAGUGAACAAGACCCAAAAAAGGCAGAAUAUCUCAAUGCAGAUGGAUUUGGCAACACUUUGAAGCAUUACGUCUCUACAAAGGUCGUCAAACCUUCUUCGAAGACAACCCUUGGAUUCUGUUCUGGCCCUAUCAUUCCUUAUCACGUCUACUGGGCUGGCCCCGCUACAUGGCGUCUUGAGGCCUUUGUCAAAUCAUAUCUCUACACUCAAAAUCUGCCUUGCAGUCGACUAUGGCUAUGGGCAGAUACCGACAGAGCUCCAGAUGCUGUAGACAAGAUGCUAAAUCAUGACCCUCUGUUUGCUCGUUUCUUACCCCUGGUCGAACGCGGCGACAUCAGAGUCCUACCAUGGAAAUUUCCCACAAGGAUGCCCCUGCCGAAAGAGUUCGACAACACCGACGGCGUAGGCUACUACAAGACUAAGGGCCUACCUAAUGCUGAGGGCGAAGUUGCCAUCGCUGACGGUCUUAUCGAAGAUGCCAAUGGUCAACAAUGGAUUACUCUGAGCCCAAAGCAGAUGACUUUCUUCCCACAAGCAAUCUCCGACACCGUGCGCUUCAUCAUCCUGCAUCAACACGGCGGAGUGUAUCUUGACAUGGAUGCAUUGAUGCUCCGUGAUCUCCGGCCUUUGCUUCUGCCUCGAAACCACUCUUUCGCCGAACGCUGGGGCGCUCAUAAUAAUCCCGGCGAUUACAACACUGCAAUUAUGAGUCUGACAGCCAACUCUUCUCUCUCCAGUUAUCUCUUACGCGGAGGUGUACGUAUGGGUCUCAACUUCCACCCUAGAGUCAUUGGCCGCAUGAUCUGGAAAGAAGGUCGCGAUCAAGAAUUUCCUAUGCUUGAAACCGCUGCUUUCGAUCCCAUCUGGACAGAAUUCAAUUGGGAUAGACAGGGCAGAUGCACGAUACCUUGUCUACGCGACUACGGCGCUGUAUUCAAGAAUACCCUCAAGAAUGAGUGGGAGAGCUACGAUGAUGUUCAACUUUCCCGCAUUAAUCAGAACACUACAGCUUCCAACGAUGAGGGCCUCAGAAGUCAAGUCUCUCGCUCUGCCAAAUUCCGCCAGAGAGCCGUGGCAAAAUCCCCUGCUUCUGCAUCUACGCAUAUCACUAUAACGCCCAUGCCAGGCCCCAUGAAUAGUUUCCCUGCCCCUUCUGCUUCUGACAUCUAUGCUCUAAACCACUCUGGCGCUGUUCUGGAAUACAAGCUCGAAGAAGACAAGUUCCCACCUACCAACCGCACACUGGAGCAUUUCUUCAAGGGAGCAUGGACAUAUCAUAUUCACAAUCAAUGGCUAAAGGAGCCCGAGCCGGGGAGUUGGUUAAACGUUUUGCAACAGGCGCACAAUGCAUUCUUCGAGGGCAAGAGAACGAAUCCCUAUGGAGAGACAUGGUCAGGACCGGAUGUAGCAGCUUACAAUCUCUGGAACGAUAUGGUGUAG